ACACACACACACACACACACACACACACACACACACACACACACACACACACACACACACACACACACACACACACACACACACCGUCAGCCGUUCUUUUCUACUUGGCUGAUUUGACUUCUCCUUUUAUUCAUAUUUGAUCUUCCACUGGACAGCUUGAAGACUCUUUAUUCCCGUCAAAGGGGUUACUAUGAGGUGAACAUAUGAUUUAAUAAGCUCAGCAUUGAGUUUCGUAAAGUAAACACAGCUGCACCAAAUCACUGCGGGAAAAAACAUCAGUGUGUCUUUACAUUUGUGGAAAAGAAUCGGCUUAAAAUCACCAUGAGGAUACAGUUUCGCAUUCUUGGUUGGAGAGACACGUGACGUCCUCUUGCGUUCAGUUGGGCCACUACCAUUACAAUCAGGUAAAAAACAAGAGUUCCGUUUUGCCGCAUAAACGCCUCCUUCCAGUGUCGGAACUUCUCUAAUCCAGCCGUCACGCUUGGUUUCUUCCCUUUUUUUCUACUUCUCCGAACGCGCAAAAACACCGAUUCCCACUUUUGCCUUUCUCUCGCAUUGGUUGCAAAUGUUCAGAAAAAAACAUGUGCAUCAAACACACUUGAAAGUGCGCAGAUCCUCCCCGCAGCUCAGGUCACCUGGAUGCGGGCAGAAACACCUGCUGGCAUCGGAUGCGCUGCACACAGCAGUUUUUGCUCCAGUCAAGCACCCCGACCGGGCUCGUCCUCUCAGAGCGCAAACACAAAGAACCGAGUCGGUGUCGGCAGAGAUCCUCGCUUCCUUUUCCUCUCGUUUUAGUCAGCAACAUCUUUUCUUUCUUUUUCUUUUUUUUUUUGGCUAUGAUCUGGACACUCGUGAUCCUCCACGUCCUCCUCCUCCUCCUGGGAGCUGAAAGCAGCAGCCGCGGGGGGAGGACGGUGACUUUCCGCCGGACUCAGCAGGAUGUCAGCCGGUUGCAGGGGCGCGCACGCACGAGGAGGGACACGAGCAGCUCCUCCGGCUCCACCAGGCCCGUCCACGGCCCCUCCUUCACCUCCUGUCGGACCCCCCUCACGCCCGUCGAGCACAAGGUUCUGGAUGACAAUACGCAUGAGACAGGGUUCAACGGUGAUGACGGCUCCUAUGUCAUUCUCACGUGGGUGGGCGACGGCACAGGGGUGGUCUUGGUGCUGUCGACCUUCAGCGCUCCGAUAGAUUCCUUCACUGAGGGCGGCUCGUCGCGACUCUAUCGAAGCACGGACUACGCCAAGUCCUUCCACGACAUUUCCCAUCAGAUCAACAAAACCUUCAUACGGGAGGAGUUCGGAGUCAGUGUUGGACCCGGGAGCUCUGUGAUUCUGACGGCGGACAUCCCGGUGGUGAACCACCCCGGCGGCAUCAUCUUCACCUCCACGGACGCCGGCGCGACCUUCAAGUUCACCCGGCUGCCCUUCCACCUGGCUCAGCCGAUCACGUACCACUUCCUCAACCCCGACUACCUCGUGGGCCUCAGCAUCGACGGCGGCCUGUGGCUCUCGCUGGACUUUGGCGCCCAGUGGAGGAAGGUUCACGAUGGAGUAAACUCCUUCUCGUGGGGGGCCGGCGUCAACUUAUUCUUCGCCUACAGUCGAACAGACGCAGUCGAGGCAGAAGAAAGAGGGGAUUUAGUGCUGAAGAGGACCAAAGAUCUGGGGAGGACAUUCACCGUAAUCCACGAGGACAUCUACACUUUUGGCUACAUAGGAGCCUUCCUGUUCUUCUCUGUGAUGGAGGAUCCGAGAUCUCCUCGGGUCAUGUAUUUCUCAUCAGACCAGGGGGAGACCUUCAGUAGAGCGCUGCUCCCGUCUGCCUCCACCGAGCAGUUCUACUCCAUCCUGGAUGGAGACACAGAUAUGCUCUUCUUGCACGUGGACAACCCAGGAGACACCUUCUUCGGAACGAUGUACACGUCGGACGACCGAGGCAUCUUGUUCUCCAAGUCACUGGAGCGCCACCUGUUUGAUGGCCAGAGGAAGAGCGACUUCACCAACAUCACUUCCCUGAGAGGAGUCUACCUCACUAAUAAACUAGACACAGACGGGCGCAUACGAUCCGUCGUCUCCUUUAACCGAGGAGGGACGUGGAGGCCGCUUAACAAACCCGAGAACGUGGAAUGUGAAGGGCCGGUCAAAAGCUGCAAACUUCACAUCCACGGAGAGCACAGCCGCAACAUCCGCAUCGUGCCCAUGCUGGCCCUGUCGGAGCCCAGGGCCGUCGGCCUGGUGAUCGCUCACGGUACCGUGGGCGACUCCCUGUCAUCGUCGCAGCACCCGGAUGUGUUUGUCUCCUCAGACGGGGGUUAUACCUGGAGGGGGACACUGAGAGGUCCUCAUCACUACAGCAUACUGGACUCCGGGGGCCUCAUCGUGGCCGUGGAGGUCCGGCGGGACGGACAAGUCAAGACCAUCAAGUUCUCCACGGACGAGGGCCAAUGCUGGAAGUCCUACAACUUCACAGUGCAGCCUUUCUUCUUCGCGGGCCUGGCGUCCGAGCCGGGGACCAAGGCCAUGAACGUCAGCGUGUGGGGCUUCCGUCCCGAGGCGGACGGCCAGCCCAUGUGGGUGGCCGUCACCAUCGACUUCCAGAGCCUCAUCACGAGAGAGUGUAACGACGGGGACUACGAAGAGUGGCUAGCGCACGCUACCGACGGAGGAGGAGACCCGAGGACCAGCGGCUGUCUGCUGGGCCUCAAAGAGACCUACAGGCGGCUGAAGAAACAGUCCGUGUGCAGGAACGGCCGAGGCUUCGUGGUGAGCAAGAAGCAGAGCCCCUGCCUGUGCACCAGAGAGGAUUACUCGUGCGACUACGGCUUCCAUCGUCACGUGAACACCUCCGAGUGUGUGAGACAACAAGACCAAGCCAAUAAAACCCUGGAGCUCUGCCUGAACGGGGAGGAGGACGAGCUGCUGACAUCGGGGUACCGCAAGGUCCCGAGUGACGGCUGCGAGGGGGGAUUCGGUUCUCAGCUGGCGGGGCAGACGGUCAUCAGGCCGUGCGGUGUUAAGCCCAGCCCGGGUCCACCCGCGAGGUCCUCCUCUCCGGUCACGCACUUCGACACACCGCGAGAGAGGCUGGUGCUGAUCCUGGUGUGCGCAGGAGCAGGGCUCAUCGUUCUGGUGGCUAUCGUUUCAGCCAUCUUUGCAGUGAGAAGAGUGGUUAACGGAUACCGGUCGCCGGUGUAUCGUUUCUCCAACCUCCGGAUCCAGGACGAAGAAAACGGCGUCACGAGGGAUCUGGAGAGCGCCGCCAGCAGCAACGGCACGGCCUACCAGCCGGAAUCAGAUGAGGAUCUUAUUGAAUGACGUAAACGUUUCGGACCAGCUGUGCUGAAAAAGACUGCUGAGGACUUUAGUUGGACUUCUCCCCAAUAUUGCAAUGGGAGGACACUCUGUGGAAAGGUUUGAGGAUGUAAAGGGCGAGCAUGAAAAUGUCUAAUUUAUUGAGCUAGCUUAAUUUCAAUGCGUUACUUGGCUUACUGUUUGAUUUAUUUGCACAGUAUUUGUAUUUUAUUUUAAUUGUACUUUUCUGUCUUGUUACUUUCUAUCCAAUGUGAAACCAAAUAAGACGAGGAAGCAACAAUGUGCAUUUGUAAAAAAAAAAAAAGAAAAAAAAAGAUAUAAAGUCAUAAAAAGAUUGAGAAUGUUAUGUGUCUGCUGAUGUUUUAAAUGUGCCAUGAAUGAAAUAAACACGUUGAACGCCCAACUGCUCAAAGCCUCCGUUUGUCAGAGGACACUCGGGACAAACACAAAAGCCGUA